CUCCUUCCGUGACAUCAUAAUCAAGCGUCGAUUUUUUUUCUUUCCUCUUGAGUCCUUCUAAGUAUCAAGAGGGCCCCCGAGAGGGAGAUAAAUACAUUCCAAUAAAAGUAAAACAGAGACACUAUGCAGAGAGAGAAAAUGGGUGACCAAAGGAAAUUUACCUACAGACCUUUAGCCUAAUACGACUGGCUGCUUCUCAUUUUGAUAGCAUCACCUGCCAGAAAACUUGGACUUUUUAACAAAAUUGCAGAACAGAUAUGGCUUCAGAGUAUAGCAGUCAGGAAGCAGUAGAAGACUUCAUUUAUUAUAAGCUACGACAGAAAGGAUAUUUAAACAGAGUCAAGUUACGAGAGCCACCAAUCAAUGCUCUACACGUCACCAUGAGGGAGGCAGGCGAUGAGUAUGAAGCACGUUUCCACCAAGCAUUCAGUGAUCUGUCAUCACAGUUACAUGUGACACCUAGCACAGCUUACAACAGCUUUGCUCUGGUAGUGGAUGAGCUCUUUCGAGGAGAGGUGAACUGGGGACGUAUAGUGGCCCUGUUUGUGUUUGGAGCAAGCCUUUGUGCAGAGUGUGUGAACAAAGAGAUGACUUGUCUUGUAAGCCGUGUUAUGGAAUGGAUGGUCACUUAUCUAGAGAAUAACUUACAAGAAUGGAUACAGCACAAUGGAGGAUGGAAUGGAUUUGUGUCUCUCUACGGGAACGGGGCAGUUUCAGAAGCCAGGAAACUGAGAGAAGGCCACUGGUCAUCAGUGAGAACAGUCCUCACGGGAGCAGUGGCCCUAGGAGCAUUGAUGACCGAAUUGGAGGCUAUCAAGGCACGGGUUCGGGAGAUGGAGGAGGAGGCAGUAAAGCUCAAAGAGCUUCAAAAUGAAGUAGAAAAACAGAUGAACAUGAGUCCACCUCCAGGUGGACUAUGGAGCUACUGCUGAAGAACUAGAGGCUCACUUUCAUGGUUGUGGCUCUGUCAACCGAGUGACUAUCCUUUGUGACAAGUACAGUGGGCACCCAAAAGGGUUUGCAUAUAUUGAAUUUUCUGAUAAAGAGUCUGUUAGAACAUCUCUGGCACUAGAUGAGUCUUUGUUCAGAGGGCGACAGAUAAAGGUGGUGCCAAAGAGAACCAAUAGGCCAGGGAUAAGCACGACAGAUCGAGGGUUCCCCAGAGCUCGUUAUCGGGCACGAAGUAUAUCCUACACCUCCCGGGCACGGUUUUACAGCGGUUAUACUCCCCGACCCAGAGCUAGAGCCUACAGGUGUCGAAUUGGGGAUUGCUUGCUGCAGUAUUUGGAUUCAGAGGUUCAGCCUCUUUCAUUCAUGUUCGGGUCAAUCAGAUCAUAGUAGUAUUUCUGUGAA